UUUCGGGUGUGAAGUUAAACCUUGAAAAUAUGAUGAAGGCCAAAGAUAAGGCUGUUACCGGUCUAACCAAGGGUGUUGAAAGUUUAUUCAAAAAGAAUGGAGUAGAUUAUGUUAAAGGUCAUGGUAGAUUAGUUAGCGCAAAUGAAAUUGAGGUUGAUGGUCUGGAUGGUAACAAAAUUUCAUUAAAGUCGAAGAAUAUCAUCAUUGCUACUGGAUCAGAGCCAACACCUUUUAAAGGCUUAGAGGUUGAUGAAAAACAAAUUGUCACUUCGACUG